UAGCCCCGUGAAGCAGGCAGGUUCUUUAUGUCUUCUUAUGGUAGAGAACUUGGUGAAAUAACACCACCAGCCGCUGUGAAGAAGCUUCUUUUAUUUUUUCCUGUCCUUCUAAAAAGCUACCAGUAAACAGUGGAUGUUACAGUGCAGUCUGGAUGUGUGUCUCCUCCCCUGCACACCGUGGCUACCCGGCGACAAGAUUUGGAUUAACACUGAUGAACUGGGGGUAAAUAAUCUCCACGGGACCGUUUACGGGACGAAAAAGUGACUCAUCGCUGUGGGAUUUUUUUGUACACCUCUCGGCUGAAGACGAUGUCUGUCCGGGGAUACUUUGUCGCUCUUUCCAAACGCACACUUCUUCUCUCUCUGAAGAUGUUGCUUAUUGUGCCUGCAGGGUUGCCGGUCCGCAGCCAAGGGGAUUCUCAAUCCGACAACAAAGUGAUGGACAACAUCACCGUCCGACAAGGAGAGACGGUCUUUCUCAGGUGUGCACAGGGGGACGUGGUCACACACACAGCAUGGCUAAACCGAUCAAGUAUCCUGUAUGCCGGAGAAGACAAAUGGUCGGUGGAUCCCCGAGUGAGUCUGGUGACCCUUAAUCAAGAGGAGUUUACCAUCAAGAUUGAAAACGUGGACAUGACAGAUGAGGGGCAGUAUGUGUGCGCAGUUCAGACAAGCAGUCGACCUAGAACCACCUCAGUGCACAUCCUCGUCCAAGUACCACCGAAAAUCAUCAACCUUUCAAAAGAUAUUGUGGUAAAUGAAGGCUCCAACGUCACCCUGAUGUGCCAGGCCAGCGGUAAACCAGAGCCUUCCGUCAGCUGGAAACUCAUCUACUCAUCAGGAGACCUGGCAUCAGAGGAUGAGUACCUGGAAAUCCCAUCUAUCUCCAGACAGAGAGCAGGGACGUAUGAAUGCACAGCCGUCAACGAUAUUGACACAGACGUCCAGACCGUCGACAUCACCGUCAACUAUGCUCCAGCUGUAUCGGAGGGCAGAGAUAUCGGAGUGACUCUGGGCCAGAGAGGAGAGCUGGAGUGUGAGGCUGAUGCCGUGCCUGAGGCAGACUUUGAGUGGUUCAAAGAUGACAGAAGGAUCCUCAAUGGCCUCGAUGGCAUGGAGAUUAUGAAUUCUGGAUCUCUGUCGAAGCUGACAUUUUUUAAUGUGUCCGACGGAGAUUACGGGAACUACACUUGUGUCGCACUCAACAAACUUGGGAGCUCUAACACAAGCUUCCUUAUGUAUGUCGUAAUUGAACCCACUAGCUCAACGCUAUUGCAAGGACCGAGAGCAGUUCAGGAUGGUAGCGGCGGCGCGAUGGGAGUGCACUCACACACCUGUCUCCUCUUCUUAGUGUUUCUGCUGUUCCUGCUCAGAAUUUGAAGAGGAAUGGAUUUGAACACAAGUAUUUUGUGUCUGUGUGUGUGUGUGUGUGUGUGUGCGCGCGCGAGUGUGUGUGUUUUGUUUUUUCAACCGGAACCAUAAACUGGUGCACAGUGAGUGCAUGAAGUAUCCUGCUACAUAAUGAUGUUGACCCACUAAAUAAGUACUUAAAAGGUUUCUGUUGUUUUUUUUGUUUUGUUUUUAGAUUUCAAUGAUGUAACAAAUGCUUCACAGAAAUUGAAUUAUGUUGGAAAUGUUCUCUCUAAAUUAUAUUAGUCUGGAUUAUCUCUUUUUUACUCAUAGUAUGUCUGAGAGAAAAAAAGAUUUUUUAAUUGUGGUGUCUCUUAUUCAAAUUGAUUUGUCUUCAUUUUUGAACCGCAUUGCAUAUUCAUCUCAACUCCAGGAAAAGGCAAAUGUACAAUAGGUAUGAGAGGUGAAUGUUAAACACCUGAAAGUCAAAGCGAGACAGUGAAGCAGGAGGAUGUAGGUUUCCCUGAGGCUGAAAGCCUGCUAUUGUCAUAUUUGAAUGUGUAAUGAUUAUCAUUCCGUCUGGUUGUUGAAACAGAAUCAUUUUUGAUGUGUUAUGCUAAUCUUUUAAUUCUAUUUUUUUCAGUUAUAUUUAGUUUUAAAUAUUUUUGAGAAGGGAAAAUAUGAAGUUGUAAUUAUUUAGGACAAAUAUCUUAGUUUUAUGUAUUUUUUUUUCUGAACACAAAAAUGGUGUCAAGAAUACUUACGUUAUAAUUAUGUAGUUAAAAAUGGAGGGAGAGUCGGCUCCACUUGUGUGGAGUCGACGUCUGACUUAAGUAAUGCAAAUGUAUUAAUGCUGUUGCUACUUGUUUGAACAUCAUGCCGUUUCUACACAACACAGUUAUUUGAGGAAAUGUUUCUGUUCAUGUUGCAAAGCAGCACUGGAGGCUCAGAGGCCACUCAGUCACAUCAUGUUAAUAGAAAUAAACACCCUUUGCAUGUGUUUAGACACCAAUAACCCAAAGACUAGCAGCUCACACAGCACCACGCUUCAUUGGAUUUCUGUUUCUAGUCCUAACACAUGGACACCGUUUCCAUACACAAAGAGGGUAAACAUGUUUUAAUAUGGGUUUAACAUUGAGUCAUUGGGAAAUCUAAAAUAACACACCUUUGAACCAAAAUGUACAGUAUGUGGUUUAUGACUGUGAGAUGCUCAUUCUGAACAUGACAUUCCAGCUCUUAUUGAAAAGAAAAGAAUUGCAGGCUUACUGUACAGAAUGCGAGCCGAUUGCAAUAACCGACAGUGAUCGGAGGUCCGAGUAAAAAUACUACACCUGCUCUAAUCGCUUCAUAUGCGGCUGGCGUUGUCAGAGAGGAGAGGAUAUGUUAGAAAACAAAGAAAUCAUACCUGUGUUUUAUCAUGGAGGAUCAGUACACACAGAGGAUCUGCAGCGAACAGGACGAACCUCCGUUAUUUAGUUGUGAGCGUGAGGAUUUUAUGCAACAAUCAGAAACCUCUCACAACACACCGGCAAGAAUUAAAAGCCGGUGAUUUGUCUUUUUCAAGUCUCUUGUGUUGGCAAACAAUUUACACCAACUGCCACACUCAGGUUCACCCCGGCAGCGAAGAAGAGUUGAGUGACAGUAACAAAAACGUAGGAUUUUGUUGUAAAGGCUACUGGUUUUUUUUUUACAAUGUGGAAGGUUUUUUUUUAGACAUCAUGCCCGUUUGUGUUUGUGAACGUACAAACACAAACGUCUACCGGCUGCACUGCACAGCAUCGGACUGUGUGCAGCACUAGAGGAUUUGCAGGAUUCCAUUAACACAACAUCAAACAGGAACAGCGAAUUACAUCAAAUUAGUGUGUGUCUGUUUAGUGGCGGGACAAUGAUGCGCUUCUUAUUAUCCCUCGGCUCCGAUUGAGUGUUUUCACAUGUGGUUAUUUUUAAAUGAACACGCGGCAGAACCAAUGAUCUCUGCUCUGUUCACACUCACCUUUUCCUCCCUCUUUCCCUGGCUUGCCUCAGCUCUGGUGGGCUUGUAGUCUUUCAUCCACAUGCACACACUUCAAUUUGUCUUUUUAACUCAUUUAGCCUCAUCGUGGGUCUUGGGGACAACAAGGUUUGUGCUUCUCAAUGUCAAAAUGAGCCAAAUCAAAACGGCAUGAAACAGAUUGGAGCAUUAUUGAAAUUGAUCAGAGUAAUCAUCAGUUGAAUCUGACGGGCUAAUCACGCUUUGUUUUCACACACAAGACAAUGAGAUGGAGAGGGAGGGAGACUAUUAUUCAUCACCAGCACAGUGAUGUUUGGAAAUGACAUGGUAAUUAUUCCUCCCGGCUGGAAGGAUGGCACCACUGAUCCCACGUCUGUAUUGCCACAAGAUUAACCAUAUUUAAGAUGAACUGAAGUCAGAUCACCUCCCCACAUUGGGGUCCCUUCAGAGGAGUUUGCAUGAAGUGGUUGCUGUCAAUAUGCACAAGCAAUCACAGUCUCGCUGCUUUGAGUUCCCUUGAAUGGUUGGAAAGGGAGCCAAAUGUCCUGAACACCUCGCUUAAUAGUCCGCCUGGAAAUAUCACUUAACAAACACACACACCUCAUUUCUUCUCUCUCUCACACACACACACACAUUUUACUGAAGUAAGACAGUUUCUUGUUUAUUUCUUUUGUAGGACAGCCAAGCACACGUAAAAACUGCUCAUUGAUUUUUAUCUUUUUACUACCUCUGAGCAGUUGCUCAGCAAGUUGCCCAAUUAUUUAACUACGCCGCGAUCACCACUUAAAAGUACUAUUUAUUUACAUGUGUUCACGGGUGUGUAUUUGAGUGGGCUGUAAUGUUCACACCCUCGCUAACACCACACCGCUGUACUGUCAGUAUAGUUUCUCCAGGAGCAUCACAGCACUCCACAGGUUUAUGAAAGGACAAUGCAGACAACUGCAUUCCAUUGCUUUGUCCUUAAUAUCUGUCAUAUUGUUUUUUGAUGACAUAUCAAAUACAGUAUAAUUUCUCGAGCCAAGCACACUGAGGACAAACCCAUGUGAGCGCGUACCUUUAGAGCAGAUUAGUAUAAACCAGCAGGGCUGCUGUCAAAAUAUAUCUCUAGAUGAAAUGAGAAUGAAUGGGUUUUUCCUCACAUGUAACCAGCGGUAAGGAGGUUGCUGUUUAACUGACUUCAUUUAAUAAUCAACCUAAUAAUAGCAAUGCCAUAUGGUUAUUAUGGCAGCGAUUGAGAGUACUGAGAAUCACAGACUACCAACCAAAAGUCAGCAUGUUAAUAUUCUGACUUAAGAUAAUCAUUAAGAGGAACCCCGGCAGUUCUCAAUGUCAAACAAGCAUAUUGUUUUUGAGCUCUGAUGAGAUAUGCGGUCACAAUGAAGCACUGAGCCCAAGAAGCCACAUCGAGCCAAAGAGCAGUCUGGUCUCUGAUCUGAGGAUGAGGUAUUCUGCCUUUUCAGAGGAGAUGGAAAACAGUCGGCAAACCUGUCAGAUCACGGCUGGAAAUCCCGCUAGAUCCUAUUCCUAAGGUUUUGGCCUUGGCCACAUGCAGCUAACAGAAAAGUACCAUCUUCAUUUCCUUGAUCUCAAAUCCCUGCUGUUCUAAACGUGUAACAACAGAAGGCGUGUGGAGAAAACCUUUGCGGGCUGCUUCUUUACAGGCUUCACUUGGAUUCUCUUCUGACCUGAGGCCUUUCGCAUUACUUUGCACCAGUGUGCUCUCUGCAUUAUGGGCACUGGCAGCCUCAAGGUUAGACGAGCUGGCUUGCAGAGCAGUUAAACAAACACAAUCACAUUUCAGUUAGUGAGACAGUGGGAAGUUUUGUGUUGCGUAACACAGCUAUUUGCCAUGUUAUGGCUCAUAUAGUUGAGAAAACUCUAAUAAGCUCCCUGUUAGCUGGACUCGUCCUCCAUUCUAUAAGUCUCACAAAGUGUGAUGAUUUUAAUUGUUAGAAUAAUAUAAAGUUAAAACUGACAUUGUUUCUCCCUGUGCUGUAUGCUUCCCACAGCUACAUAUGACAUGCAUCACUGUCAGGCAAACUGAGCACAGAAAGUGUUGAUGUACCUGUUUCUAUGAGAAAUGAGCAACUUAAUAAAAUAAUUUACCGUCUCUCUCUUUGUCAGCAGGCGUACUGCAGUUUCUUUCUGACUGGCAUUAAAACAAGUCUGUGCUUUCUUAUUAGAGCAAACGCUCCAAACUCCCACCAAGCAUGACUUUUUUGAAAAAGAUAUACACACUGCAAGCCCCGUUCAAGCCAAACUUAUAAUGAUAAGACCAAGCAAAGGAAGAGGAUCUCGGACAUAUUUCUGAUCCAACCCCAAAGUUCAGCUAGGAAACUGCACUAAGAAGGCCUGAAUAAACUUAACUUCUCCUGUUCUGACUCCAGUCAGCCAAUUCUGAAUCACAGGCCAUGAAGGCUUAUAUUUUGGUAGUAGCGCUGCAUACGUAUGGUGAUAUGACCAAUUCCAUUGUCUGUUUAAAGACUGCAGGAUUGCAGGACUCAUUCUCUCUCUCCCAUGCUCCAACCUGGCCCAUGUUGGCUUGGGCACAGCUAUGGCUGGAGAGUUUUUCUUCAUCUCCAUAUGUGCAAGGCAAGAGAGCAGUCUCUGAAGAAUAUUUGAUACCAGUUAAGAAAAGUGACUUGUAUUGCACCUAUCAGAUAGUACUAUUCAUUUUAGGUGUUUUGUGACAUUUGUGUGUUUUGCAUUGGAGUCUGGAAGAAAUCAUUUUUGGAUGUGAACUUUGGUUAGACAUGAGCAAUCCAACCUUUGCUUCAGCUGCCAGGGGGAUUAUCAUAGCAGACCCAUGAAGUAGUCUCAUGAUCUGUUGGGGUUUAUUUUGAAUGAUUCACAAACAGAAGAUUCUGCCCUUUGCCUGGUUACAAGUUCACAGGGCUCCCUUCAGAUUGGAUUGUUUCCAAGUGGAGGGGGACCUCAUGCUAUUUGACUCCCUGCAUUGUAAAGGAUUGUUGGUUCAUAUGUAUUUUCUUGAUGAAAAGUGUGUGCUCAUAUUUAAGACUGACAAUAAUAAAAUGUUGUAUCUUAAAA